AUGGAUGAUGCAGCAGGAUACAGGCACGCUUCGUCGAUUCAGAACCUGCCGGGGCCACACCUGCAACCGCCCAAUGAUGUGCCAGGAAGAAGCCAUUCGAUGCCAGUGGGCGACUUCCGCGACCCGCUGCCCAAAGAUGACAGCGGCGACGAGGUGGUGCUGGGCGAGGAGGCGCAUCGCUCUAUUACCUUGCCGAGUCACAGUGCGCAGGAGUUGAUGGUACUAUUUCCAUCACAAGAUGAGUCUGGCUUUGAACCAGGCUUUGGGCUGCCCUUUCGCCGCCGGCGGCGGAGCAAGAGCGCCCGGCAGCGGGACCAGGUCCUGUCAGAGUUGGCCGAGCGGCUGCGAAGCAACAACUUUGAAUUUGUUGCGGAACGUGAAGCUGCGGCUGCGAGGGAGGCAGUCAUCACUUCCCCGGAGCUCUUCGAGAACGUCUUCAGCCCUGAGGAGUCGGCCAUCAUUUUUGACUGGGACGAUACUCUCUUCCCAACCUGGUAUGUGACUGAAGUGGUGAACCCCUGCUUGGAAGAUGUUCAUUGUGACCAGCUUCCAGCGGAUAGCCCUUUUGCUCAGUGUCUCAGCAGUCAGGCGCAAGCCGUGUCCGACAUCCUCCGCUGCGCCUGCGUCUGCGGGCGAGUGGCCAUUGUGACAUUGGCACAGCAUCCAUGGGUGCUUAACUCGGCGGCCAAGUACCUGCCGGGAUUAGACCUUCCAGGUUUGCUGGAAGAGUUGGAUAUCCCGGUGAUAUAUGCGCGUCAAUACCUGAAGCGAUACGUCAUACAGGAAGGUACUCAGGAAGGCGAAUGCUUGUGGACCUUGGCCAAGCAGGCGGCGAUGACCAAGGUGCUCCGAAAGCUCUACGGCCGUGAGGCGCCGUGGAUGAACGUGCUCUCCAUUGGAGAUUCCACGGUGGAGCGUACAGCCAUCAUGGAGUUGAUGUGGAGAUCUGCACAUGAGGAUGGUUCGGGCCGGCUCCCUUGCUGUAAGACCAUCAAAUUGGUGGAUGAUCCCAGCGUGGAGCAACUGCACACGCAGCUCGUCAUCUUGACCACUUGGAUGAAACAGCUGGUGCAGCACGGCCACGAUUUCGAUUUUUCGCUGGAUGACUCGGAUGGUACAAUCCACGAGCAGUUUGCCAACAGCGCAACGUGA